CCCCAUCGCCCCUCCCCGGCGGGCCAGGCGCUGGGACGCCCCGGCCGAGCAGGCAGCGCCGGUGGCGGCGGCUAGUUGGGGAGCCCUAGGCUCCGUGCUGCGGGACGAUCCGGAGCCGAGUGUCUCUUGCCCCGGCUGGGCGGUGCUGGGCCCGCUUCCCACGGAGCCACGCCCUGUCAAAACUUUGUCGCUGCAGCGGCCAAACGAUCGGAGCCGGGCCAGCGUGAGGGAGGGAGGGGCGCCGGGCCGGGCCAGGCAGGGCGCGGGGCUCAGAACGCAGCGGCCCCGGCCCGUGGCCCCACCAUGCCCCAGCUCGGUGGUGGCCGCGGUGGCGGCGCCGGCGGGGGAGGCGGUGGUUCCGGAGCCGGGGCAACCAGUGGAGGGGACGACCUCGGAGCGAACGACGAGCUGAUCCCCUUCCAGGACGAGGGGGGCGAAGAGCAAGAGCCGAGCAGCGACAGCGCUUCGGCGCAGAGGGAUCUGGAUGAGGUCAAGUCGUCCCUGGUCAACGAAUCGGAGAAUCAGAGCAGUAGCUCGGACUCCGAGGCGGAGAGGCGCCCGCAGCCCGCCCGGGACGCUUUCCAGAAGCCGCGCGACUAUUUCGCCGAAGUGAGAAGGCCCCAGGAUGGCGCUUUCUUUAAGGGACCUGCGUACCCUGGGUACCCCUUCCUGAUGAUUCCAGACCUGAGCAGCCCAUACCUCUCCAAUGGACCCCUGUCUCCUGGUGGAGCGCGCACCUACCUGCAGAUGAAAUGGCCCCUCCUCGAUGUCCCCUCCAGUGCCACAGUCAAGGACACAAGAUCACCAUCUCCAGCACACUUGUCCAACAAAGUUCCUGUUGUUCAGCACCCUCAUCACAUGCACCCGCUGACACCUCUCAUCACCUACAGCAACGACCACUUCUCCCCUGCAUCCCCUCCCACGCAUCUGUCCCCAGAGAUCGACCCAAAGACAGGAAUCCCCCGGCCCCCUCACCCAUCUGAGCUGUCACCGUAUUACCCACUGUCUCCAGGAGCUGUCGGGCAAAUCCCCCAUCCCCUCGGCUGGCUCGUCCCACAGCAAGGACAGCCCAUGUACUCACUCCCUCCUGGUGGUUUCCGACAUCCUUACCCUGCCCUCGCCAUGAAUGCUUCAAUGUCCAGCCUGGUCUCCAGUCGGUUCUCCCCACACAUGGUGGCUCCUGCCCAUCCUGGUCUGCCCAACUCAGGAAUCCCCCACCCUGCCAUCGUCUCCCCGAUUGUGAAGCAGGAGCCAGCGCCCCCCAGCCUGAGCCCUGCCGUGAGUGCGAAAUCCCCGGUUACCGUGAAAAAGGAAGAGGAGAAGAAGCCUCACGUGAAAAAGCCUCUGAAUGCCUUCAUGUUGUAUAUGAAGGAGAUGAGGGCCAAGGUGGUGGCCGAGUGUACCCUGAAGGAAAGUGCAGCCAUUAACCAAAUCCUGGGAAGAAAGUGGCACAACCUGUCAAGAGAAGAACAGGCCAAAUACUAUGAGCUCGCCCGGAAAGAACGGCAGCUUCAUGCACAGCUCUACCCAACCUGGUCAGCCCGGGACAACUAUGGUAAGAAGAAGAAGAGGAAGAGAGAAAAGCAGCUGUCACAGACACAGUCUCAGCAGCAAAUCCAAGAGGCAGAGGGUGCUCUGGCCUCUAAGAGCAAGAAGCCAUGCAUUCAGUACCUGCCCCCUGAGAAGUCUUGUGAUAGCCCUGCAUCUUCCCAUGGCAGCACGCUGGACUCCCCUGCGACUCCCUCCGCAGCCUUGGCAUCACCAGCGGCCCCUGCGGCUACCCACUCCGAGCAAGCCCAGCCCCUGUCACUCACCACCAAACCGGAGACCCGGGCCCAGCUGGCUCUCCACUCAGCUGCCUUCCUGUCAGCUAAGGCGGCUGCCAGCAACUCCAGCCAGAUGGCCAGCCAGCCCCCACUCCUGUCCAGGCCCUUACCCUUGAGCUCUAUGCCCGCCGCUCUGCUGACCUCUCCCCCUUCUUUCCCAGCCACGCUCCAUGCCCACCAGGCCCUCCCCGUGCUACAGGCCCAGCCUCUUUCCCUGGUCACCAAGUCUGCCCACUAAGCUGCCCCGGUUCUCUGCAGGCUGUCUCGGGACCCCAAGUGGUAAUGAUUCAGAAGAGAGGAAGGGGGAAGCACACAAAGGAAACAUUAUUGGUCAAUAUUUGACCACUCUGGACUGUUCUGUAAAGUGACUGGUAACAGCCGUGCUUUACCAGUGUAGAUGUAACCAGUAGCUGAUCUUCAGGCGUGUUUUUUUGUUUUUGUUUUUUUGUUUUUUUUUUUAAAGGAGAAAACAAAAAACAAAACCUGCCCCUCCCCCCAAAAAAUCUUCACAAGAAAGCACUGAAAAGCAGUGUGUUGCUCUCUCCCCUUGCGCUGUGGUGGGUAUACCUGGGCAGGAGGUACCGCUCUACCUCUUCUCUUCCUGACUCUCUGCCCUCCUUUUCGUCGUCGCUGGCAGCCCCCACCUGCCCUAGCUUCCCCACUGUGUCUGCAACAUGACCUGGCCUGGAGUUCUAGCCGGCACCCUUUUCUCCAGGUCAGUCCUGUUCCCUCGCCUAAGUUUUUGUCAUGUGUUCAACUCCAUGCCCCUUUGUCCUCUGCCCAGUGUAAGGCCGUGACCAUGUGUGAUCAUGGCUUCCCGCCAGCAUCCCCCUCUCCCUCUGCAGGCCUCAACGGCCUGGCCUCCAGUUUGGGGUGGGGAAAGAGGUCCUUCUGAAAUGGUCCCCCCCAACCCCUGCAUUUAAAGGGACUCAAGGUGCCUACCACUGCCUUCAAGACGUCUGUGUUCCUCUCCUCUGCCUAGUCAAGUUUUCUUUCCUGCCUUGCAGUCUCAGAGUGGCAGGCAGGCCCCAGUCCCCACUGUCUGGCUCCUGUCACCUCUGUCUGUGCUAGUACAAUCUGCAGAAGCUCCAAGACCCUCUGCCCCUUCCCCCACUACCACCUCACAAGCUUUUUCUGUGUGUAUUUCAUUUUGUUUUUAUGGUUUUUGGAACAAUUUAAACUCCCAGUUUAUUUUCACAAGAGAAAAUAAAAUUACAGUUGCAAGA